AUGUGGGAAAUCGCUAGAUCUUCUUACGAAGUCCAGAGAUCAAUGAAAUGGGUCGUCAAAUUGUCUUCGGUGGUUGUCACCUGGCAGAGUGGAAAAAUGACAACUUUGUGGCUCUCUGGCGGCUGUCACCUGACAGAGAGGAGCUAGAUGGAGGCGGGGCGUGUGUCAGGGAACUUCAUCCUUAGGUCCACGCAGCAAGAGGAAGCUCUUCAUCGCAUCCGGUAUGCUCUCAAGAGGUGGUGACUUGUCUCCCGACAGAUCGUCCUCUUCCUGAUGACGGCAUGUUCGUCGAUCAAUUAGAGAUACUUUACUCGAUGGAUUCAUGAUCCUUUUAUCAUGAAUCGUUCAACAAUUUUAGUAACAAUGCUCUGCGAAUCGCAUUGA